AUGGGGAAAAACAGAAGGGAGGAGGUUGCUUUGUCUGUCACAUGGUUGAAGAGGAACAUAUUGGGGGUCUGCUACUUCUACACAACACUCUCCAUAUAUACCCACACCCACACCCACACCCACACCCACACAGCAUUUGCAUUCUAUGACAUGGAGAAACACACAGUUACCAAAAUGACUAUUAUCUCCCUCUUCUACCUCUAUCUUCUCGCUUCCUCCAGGGCGACAGCGACAAUAAUUGGCGUAAACUAUGGGCGGUUAGGGGACAACCUUCCCUCUCCAUCUCGAUCCAUCCAACUCCUCCAAACCAUGAACGCCGCUCAUGUCAAACUCUACGAUGCCGACCAUGAAAUACUCCAACUCCUGUCAACCACUAAACUCGAGGUCACCAUUAUGGUCGCUAACCAUGAAAUCUCCGCCAUUGCUUCAAGUCAAAGACUUGCGGACCAAUGGGUCUAUGAACAUAUCCUUAACCAUUAUCCCGAUACCAUGAUCCGUUUCGUACUCGUCGGAAACGAAAUCCUCAGUUAUACAACCACCGAUCAAGAUAAGCAGAUAAUGAAAGAUCUCGUACCUGCCAUGGCGCGAAUCUGGACCUCGUUAACAACCGAAGGCAUUAACGACAUCAAAAUCGGUACUCCGUUUGCUAUGGACGUCGUCGAAUCAACGUUUCCGCCCUCAACUGGAAGAUUUAAGCCGGAGAUUGUUCACGAAAUUGUACCGUUGCUGGACUUCUUGAGUGGGACGGAUUCACUUUUCUUCAUAGACGUUUACCCAUAUUUUUCAUGGUCGGCUAACCCAAUGAGCAUAACCCUUGAUUACGCUCUAUUGAACGGAAAUCAGACCUAUACAGACCUUGGAAGUGGGCUAACCUACACGAAUCUACUGGACCAGAUGCUUGACUCGGUGUUCUUUGCUAUGGCUAGAUUGGGAUACAACAAUGUGAUGAUCGGUAUAGCGGAAACGGGUUGGCCACAUGAAGGUGAGUGGAACGAGUAUGGUACAAACAGAGAAAAUGCAGCUGUGUAUAACCGCAAUAUCGUAAGAAAGAUGACAGCAGUUCCACCUGUAGGAACUCCGGCUCGACCAGGGGUCACCAUUCCGACUUUCAUUUUUUCAUUGUAUGAUGAGAAUCAAAAGUUCGGUCCAGAAUCUGAGCGACAUUGGGGGUUACUACAUCCUGAUGGGAGGCCGGUUUAUGAGGUGGACCUGAGUGGGCAAGCUUAUUAG